AUGCCACAUGAGACGACAGUUGAGAUGCCACAUGAGACGACAGUUGAGAGGCCACAUGAGACGACAGUUGAGAUGCCACAUGAGACGAUAGUUGAGAUGCCACAUGAGACGACAGUUGAGAUGCCACAUGAGAUGACAGUUGAGAUGCCACAUGAGACGACAGCUGAGAUGCCACAUGAGACGACAGUUGAGAUGCCACAUGAGACGAUAGUUGAGAUGCCACAUGAGAUGACAGUUGAGAUGCCACAUGAGACGACAGUUGAGAUGCCACAUGAGACGACAGUUGAGACGACAGUUGAGAUGCCACAUGAGACGACAGUUGAGACGACAGUUGAGAUGCCACAUAAGACGACAGUUGAGAUGACACAUGAUACGACAGUUGAGAUGCCACAUGAGACGACAGUUGAGAUGCCACAUGAGACGACAGUUGAGAUGCCACAUGAGACAAUAGUUGAGAUGCCACAUGAGACGACAGUAGAGAUGCCACAUGAGACGACAGUUGAGAUGCCACAUGAGACAACAGUUGAGAUGCCACAUGAGACGACAGUUGAGAUGCCACAUGAGACGCCACAUGAGACGACGGUUGAGAUGCCACAUGAGAUGCCACAUGAGACGUCACAUGAGACGACAGUUGAGAUGCCACAUGAGAUGCCACAUGAGACGACCGUUGAGAUGCCACAUGAGACGCCACAUGAGACGACAGAUGAGACGACAGUUGAGAUGCCACAUGAGACGACAGUUGAGAUGCCACAUGAGACGAUAGUUGAGAUGCCACAUGAGAUGACAGUUGAGAUGCCACAUGAGACGACAGUUGAGACGAUAGUUGAGAUGCCACAUAAGACGACAGUUGAGACGCCACAUGAGACGACAGUUGAGAUGCCACAUAACACGACAGUUGAGAUGGCACAUGAGACGAUAGUUGAGAUGCCACAUGAGAUGACAGAUGAGAUGCCACAUGAGACGACAGUUGAGAUGCCACAUGAGACGACAGUUGAGAUGCCACAUAACACGAUAGUUGAGAUGCCACAUGAGAUGACAGAUGAGAUGCCACAUGAGACGACAGUAGAGAUGCCACAUGAGACGACAGUUGAGAUGCCACAUGAGACGACAGUUGAGAUGCCACAUAACACGAUAGUUGAGAUGCCACAUGAGACGACAGAUGAGAUGCCACAUCAGACGACAGUUGAGAUGCCACAUAAGACGACAGUUGAGAUGCCACAUGAGACGACAGUUGAGAUGCCACAUAAGACGACAGUUGAGAUGCCACAUGAGACGACAGUUGAGAUGCCACAUGAGACGACAGUUGAGAUGCCACAUGAGACGAUAGUUGAGAUGCCACAUGAGACGACAGUUGAGAUGCCACAUGAGACGACAGUUGAGAUGCCACAUGAGACGACAGUUGAGAGGCCACAUGAGACGACAGUUGAGAUGCCACAUGAGACGAUAGUUGAGAUGCCACAUGAGACGACAGUUGAGAUGCCACAUGAGACGACAGUUGAGAUGCCACAUGAGACGACAGCUGAGAUGCCACAUGAGACGACAGUUGAGAUGCCACAUGAGACGAUAGUUGAGAUGCCACAUGAGAUGACAGUUGAGAUGCCACAUGAGACGACAGUUGAGAUGCCACAUGAGACGACAGUUGAGACGACAGUUGAGAUGCCACAUGAGACGACAGUUGAGAUGCCACAUAAGACGACAGUUGAGACGACAGUUGAGAUGCCACAUAAGACGACAGUUGAGAUGCCACAUAAGACGACAGUUGAGACGACACAUGAGACGACAGUUGAGACAACAGUUCAGACGACAGUUGAGACGACAGUUGAGAUGCCACAUAAGACGACAGUUGAGACGAAAGUUGCGAUGCCACACGAGACGACAGUUGAGACGACACAUGGGCAAUUCCUCCUCUGCAUCUAA